GCGCAUUUCCGUUGUCGUGACGUCACUUCUGGAUGUAAAUAUGCGGCUUGGUGCGGCGCUGGGAAACACAACCACUGGAAAGAUGUAAACCAAGUAACCGGCGAAAACCAGGUUCAGCGAAGACACUAAACCUUCCCUCCAGGGAAACCGUACCUCUGGUCCAAUAAACGGAACUACAUCAACAGGUAGCUCGUCGGCUCGCUAUCUCCGAAGUCAGCGGAGCGCCUGCAUCUAGCAGCCAUCUUUUGUGAGAGAAUGUACGGGGCGACGCGGCGGGCCUGCUCGGGCUCUGGUCGGGACCGGAGCUUGCUGAUGCUGACCACCGCGCUCCUUCUCUCGGUUAUCGGGCUGCUGUCCGGCUUGCCUGGCUUCACCGAGGCCAAGGAGUGCGAUAAGCCGUGUAUGAACGGCCAGUGUAACACCGCCACUGGCGAAUGUGUAUGUUUUCCCGGCUGGGUUGGGGACCAAUGCCAGCACUGCGGAGGGCGAUUCAGACUAACGGGGCCCUCUGGUUAUCUGACUGACGGCCCAGGAAACUACAAAUACAAGACCAAGUGCACCUGGCUCAUUGAGGGACAGCCCAACACCAUUCUGCGAUUACGGUUCAACCACUUUGCUACUGAAUGCAGCUGGGACCACCUCUACGUGUACGAUGGCGACUCCAUCUAUGCGCCUCUCCUGGCGGCUUUCAGCGGUCUGAUUGUUCCUGAGCGAUAUGGGAACGAGACCGUCCCGGAGGUGGUGUCUCAAUCUGGCUACGCCCUGUUGCACUUCUUCAGCGAUGCUGCCUACAACCUGACUGGCUUCAACAUUUCCUACCGAGUGAACACCUGUCCCAACAACUGCUCUGGCCAUGGAGAGUGUCAGGUGGGGAACUCCACUUCUUCUGUGUACUGCAAGUGCGAAACCUACUGGAAGGGGGAAGCCUGUGACAUCCCGUACUGCCUGGCUGACUGCGGGGAACCUGAAAGAGGCAGUUGCAAGGACAAGACCUGCGUCUGUAAGACUGGGUGGCAAGGUCCUGACUGCUCCGUCUCGGUUCCUGCCAAUUCCUCUUUUUGGAGCCGAGAGGAGUACACUGAGGCCGGGCUGGCCAGGGCUUCCCACAAGGCUGUAGUUGAGCAGGGCGUCAUGUGGGUCAUCGGAGGCUACGUCUUUAACGCCUCCGACUAUCACAUGGUCAAAGCGUAUAACAUCAGCAGCAAGACAUGGAUGAGCCUCGACCCCUCCGUCAACACUGUCACACCACGAUACGGCCACUCGCUAGCCCUGCACGAGGGUAAGAUCUACAUGUAUGGCGGAAAGAUCGAUGCUACAGGAAAUGUCUCCAGCCAGCUGUGGGUUUUCCACAUCCAGAAUCAGACCUGGGUCCUUUUAAGCCCCAGGGCCAAGGAGCAGUACGCCGUGGUGGGACACUCUGCCCACAUUGUGCCUCCUGUCCACGAGGGGGACGGUCCCGUCAUGCUAGUUCUGUUCGGGCACUGUCCUCUGUACGGUUACAUCAGCCAGGUGCAAGAGUACAAUAUUGCCAAGAACACAUGGAGCAUCGUGUCUACAGAUGGUGCCCUGGUCCAGGGGGGCUAUGGCCACAGCAGUGUGUUUGACCCCAGCACCAGAGCCAUCUACAUCCACGGUGGCUACAAAGCCUUCAGCGCCAACAAGUAUGGCCUAGCAGGAGACCUGUACAAGUUUGAUGUGGGCAAGAGGAAAUGGACCAUUCUGAGAGACAGCGGCUUCUUCCGGUACCUCCACACAGCAGUGAUGGUUAGUGGGAUGAUGCUGGUGUUUGGUGGAAAUACGCACAACGACACAUCCAUGAGCCACGGCGCCAAGUGCUUCUCAUCGGACUUCUUGGCCUACAAUUUAGCAUGUGAUGAGUGGACAGUGUUACCCCGACCGGACCUGUACCACGAUGUCAACCGCUUCGGACACUCUGCAGUCUUCAGUGAUGGCGUUAUGUACGUGUUCGGUGGCUUUAACAGUCUACUGCUCAGCGAUGUCCUCACGUACACCUCGCCCAGCUGCUCGGCCUUUUCCAGCCCGACGUCCUGCAGCCAGGCCUGGCCAGGAAUUCACUGCGUGUGGAACGCCACCCAGGAGGCCUGCCUGCCUUGGGAAAGCGACGUUAUCGGCACUGAACAGCAGCAGCAGCCCUCCUGCAACACGAGAUCAUACGGUGAUGCUGAGAGAUGUGACCAGUAUACCGACUGUUACAGCUGCACUGCCAACACCAACGGCUGCCAGUGGUGUUCGAGCCAAUGCGUGUCUCUCGGAAGUAACUGCACCUCUGCAUCGGGGGCCAUAGCCGAGUAUGAAGUUUGCCCCAAGGACAACCCGUCGUACGUGUGCAACAAGAAAACAAGCUGCAAGAGCUGUGCUGUGGACCAAAACUGUCAGUGGGAUUCUCGCAACCAAGAGUGCAUCUCGCUGCCAGAGAACGUGUGUGGUGAAAGCUGGCACCUGGUGGGCAACUCUUGUCUGAAAUUCAUCACGACCAAGGACUCGUAUGAUAACGCCAAGCUGACCUGCAGGAACCACAACGCCGUCCUGGCUUCUCUGACCACGCAAAAGAAGGUGGACUUUGUCCUGAAGGAGCUGCAGAUAAUGAGCGUGGUGUACAAGGCCACUGUGACGCCGUGGGUAGGGCUCAGGAAAAUCAACGUGUCCUACUGGUGCUGGGAGGACAUGUCGCCGUUCACCAACACCACCCUGCAAUGGCUGCCGGGCGAGCCAAGCGACGCCGGGUUUUGCGGCUACCUGGCCGAGCCGGCAGCCACCGGACUGAAAGCUCAAACCUGCAUAAGCCCGGUGAAUGGCAGCCUGUGCGAACGACCAGCCAACCACAGUGCCAAGCAGUGCCGGACACCCUGCGCCAUGAGAACCACCUGCAGCGAAUGCACCAGCAGCAGCAGCUCAGAGUGCAUGUGGUGCAGCAACAUGAAGCAGUGCGUCGACUCCAACGCCUAUGUAGCCUCCUUCCCCUUUGGCCAGUGUAUGGAGUGGUACACCAUGAACACUUGUCCACCGGAGAACUGUUCUGGAUACAGAACGUGCGGGCAGUGUCUGGACCAGCCGGGCUGCGGUUGGUGCACUGACCCCAGUAACACGGGCAAAGGUCAGUGCAUCGAGGGUUCCUACCGCGGGCCCUUCCAGACCUCUGUCCCGGCCCCUUCCACCCUUCCUGGUCUGCCCGCCAAUCCUCAGCCGGCCCUCAACGCCAGCAUGUGCCCGAGCGAAUCAAAGUACAACUGGUCCUUCAUUCACUGCCCAGCUUGUCAGUGUAAUGGUCACAGCCAGUGUGUCAACGAAAGCAUCUGUGAGAAGUGCGAGGACCUGACAACCGGCCGACACUGCGAGAGCUGCAUCUCCGGCUUCUACGGAGAUCCGACCAACGGGGGCAGCUGCCAGCCCUGCAAGUGUAAUGGCCACGCAAGCAUGUGCAACCCUAACAAUGGCAAGUGCUUCUGUACAACCAAGGGCAUCAAAGGAGACAGAUGCCACCUGUGUGAAGUCGAGAACCGCUACCAAGGCAACCCCCUCAAAGGAACAUGCUAUUACACGCUACUCAUCGACUACCAGUUCACCUUCAGCCUGUCGCAGGAAGACGACCGCUACUACACGGCCAUCAACUUUGUGGCCACACCUGAGGAGCCAAACCGAGAUCUAGACAUGUUCAUAAAUGCCUCCAAGAACUUCAAUCUGAAUGUAACCUGGGCCACCAGCUUCACCGCGGGCACCCAGGCCGGAGAGGAGAUCCCCAUCGUCUCUCGGAGCAACAUUAAAGAGUUCAAAGAAAGCUUUUCCAAUGAGAACUUUGAUUUCCGAAACAGCCCCAACAUUACUUUCUUCGUCUACGUCAGUAACUUCACGUGGCCCAUCAAGAUCCAAAUUGCCUUCUCCCAGCACAGUAACUUCAUGGAUCUGGUGCAGUUCUUUGUCACAUUCUUCAGCUGCUUCCUGUCCCUGCUCCUGGUGGCUGCCGUAGUUUGGAAGAUCAAACAGAGCUGCUGGGCGUCACGGCGGCGAGAGCAACUGCUGAGGGAGAUGCAGCAGAUGGCCAGCCGGCCUUUUGCCACCAUCAACGUCGCCUUGGAGACUGAGGAGGAGCCGCCUGACCUCAUAGGAGGAAACGUCAAGUCCGUCCCAAAACCCAUUGCCCUCGAGCCUUGCUUUGGCAACAAAGCCGCCGUGCUCUCCAUCUUUGUACGGUUACCCAGGGGCACCGGCGGAAUCCCUCCUCCUGGACAGUCUGGUUUGGCCGUGGCCAGCGCGCUGGUCGAUGUAUCUCAGCAGAUGUGUGUGGGGUACAAGGAGAAGUCUGGGGGACUGAGGAACCGUAAACAGCAGCCCACAGCGCAGCCAUCCACCUGCAUCUGACUGCAUCCCCUGUCCUCUUCUACCAUCCCAACACCAAAAGCUCUCCCAUCAGCCUCCCCCACCCUCCCCUCGCCUCAGCCCCAUCCUUCAGAGACUCCCACCAGCUCUGUUCUGGCAGGGAGAGGUGCAUGCUGGGACGCAGGACUUGAACGUUUUGGUAAAGGGGGCCGAGACAUCUGGCAGACUGCAGCUUCAGAGGUCUCCCCCUUCCUGUCCUCCUACAGGAACUUUGAUGCUUGGAGUCCCCUCGAACUGAUCGACAGAAACUAGACACAGAGAGGGGGGAGGGAGGGAGGAAGGAAGGGACAGAGCGGGUGCUGACCCCUCCCCUCCCCCUCAAUGAAACAUUUUACAUUUGUCGACACCACCUCGUUAGUCGAGGCGGCCACGGCUUGCUGCUAGAAGAGAUCCUUGUCUCGUAGUUUUUGACAAAAACAAAAAACAAUACAAAAAAAUCCAGAGACUUUGCGACCGUCUAUGUUCGCAUUUUAUUUAAGUUAUUGUUGUUCUUUGUUUUGUAUUGUGUUAUUUCAGAGGCAGGAACAAAACUGGACACGCUCGGUUGGACAUGCACACACAAAAACGCAUAACACACACUUCAGCAAGCCCUUGUACCCAUUUGUAGCCCAUUGUCACCUGCUGUCAUGUUCACAGCUCAGCACUGAGGGCUGUUGUCACUGGAGUCCUGCACAGUUUGGCCUCCGAGCAAGCUAACAGCAUGUUCAGUCUUCCUUUAAUGAGGAUCCACUGUAGGAGGUUGCCUGUGUAGCCAGAGCCCAUUUAAAGAGUGUGUGACAUUUCAAUCGGCCUAUGUGUCUUCUCCCACUGCCCACUCUUGCGGCCUGUCUGGAGCUUCGUCUCUCCGUCUCUGGCCAUUUGGCUGCCGAGCUGUCCGCCGUGCAAGGCAAGACCGCUGCAAUGCCUCACCCGUGCUGGCCGGCUGGCUGCUGGAUCGCCAGUGCAAUUGAAGCUUUUCCAGCUAAUUACUCUUCCAGUUGUAAUGAAAGCCAAUGGCAGUAUUCAAGGCUCUCACACACACAAACACACACACACACACACAGAGCCAGUAGUAGUGGUGGGGUGGAGGGAGACCUCUGGCAUUUAAAAAUUGUCCUCGAAACCCAUGUGACACCGGCUUCCUAUAGAUCUUGUGACUCUGAUUGACUGAAAUGAUUUGGCUGAUGUUAGUGACCGCUGCCAGGGCAACUGUUUAGCUCUGCAACUGUUGCCUGAGAAAUCCAUACCUUCUAAUUACUGCUCUCAUUUCCCGAAAUGCAAUACAUCCCUCCUACCCCCGGGAUACCAGCAUCUCCGCCGCUCUUAUCGUGCCAUUCGAUUGCGAUUGUUCCACAUCUGUGACCUAUCUACAACCUCCCAAUUAGCCCAUACAGCAGCGACGUCUGUGCCCUUAUCGAUGCAGCUACAGUGGAGCUGCUAAAGCCCAGCGUUAAAAUGGUAAAGUGCGGUGUUUUUUAUUUUUGUUAGCAGCCAGAAUGCAUGAGUCAGUGACUGUUUCUUUAAGAGCAUCGUUUUUUAAAACUGGACUUUUGAAUCGGCCUCCAUGUCACAGAAGACCCUGGUUAUUUAUUCUGAAAGAAAAAAAUUGUCUCUUGAAAUUAUGUUGUCGUCUGGUCCCUCAGCUGCUUUUCCCUGCACUUGUCUACAGUCUACAUCUAAAAUAUCGGGCCUGCUUUUAAAGCUGCAUUACUUCAAGUGGGAAAAUGAGGGAAAAUGCAGAAUAAAAAACCCCAAGGCAAACACAAAAAAACUGAGAUUGGUAGAUUAAAAAAGAGCUGUCACAACUUGGGUUUGUGCCAUUUUUUGCUUUAGUUUCUCUUUCUUUCUUUGUUCAAUUUUGCAUAUAGCUAUACAUAGCUAUGUAUCUUAUUGUUCACAUUUACAAGAUAUAGGUUGUGCGCUGCAGCACUUUUAGGCCUUUGACACAUUUGUUGGUGUAUCAACCUACAGGAAAUAUGCUGCAUCUCCUGCCGUCUCGGAAGGUUGUAAACUUCCCGCUCUCUGGGAAGUGCAGCAAUAGAACAAUUUAAUAGUUUGCAUUUUACCCUAAAGAGCUCGUUGUGUUUAGUUCCCGGCUCUCACAUGUGCUCAGCAUACUAGAACGUCACACCGCCUGGUUAAAGGGCACACUUUUAGCACUGCGUAAAGGUCAGAACAGAAAGCAUGAACAAAGCUGACAUUCUGUAAUUAUAGAGUGCCGCGUGCGCUCGCGACUCCGCUUGGCGAGCGUUACGGCGCGGAGAAGCCGGCUCCGUUCGUGCUCAUGCUUUGAGGAAUCAAAGCGCUUCACCUGCCGUCUUUAUCAGUUUUCUUCUUUCCUCUGCUAGAAUAAAGGGUUUGUUUUUUACCCAACAUGGGUAGUUUGAUGUUUCGUUGGGUUGUUUUUACAGAAUAAAAUCAUAAUAAUUAUUAUUAUUUAUAUUAAACUGAGGCUCUGGAUGUUGUAGGGCGUUUUGGUAAUUAUCAACUAUUAUUACAUGAAUGUGAUGAUCACAAAGAGUCCUUCUGAGUUCCACAGAGUAUUUUUAUUUAGUACUUUUUCUGUCUCUUUGAAAACACCUACCACGCUGUCUCAGAAUGAAGUUCUUUGACCUCCAACCAUUUGGAGGUGCAGUUCAGUUCAAGAAAUUCUAAUAAAAUGUGCUAUGUUGGCCAUUGGAAGAAGAAAAUUACGCUUUAUGUGAGAUUUGGCUUAGAAGUGAGACUUUACAAUAACCUGUGAGGCAAAAGUGUGGCAGAGACACGAGAGACACAACAGAAAUGCGGCUCGCAAACUCCCAUUAACCGCCAUCAAAGGUGCCGACGUGCUCCCGACACUAAAAUGCCUGAACGGCACAUGAACUACAUCUCUGUCUUUCCUCUGCAGCGUCAGCAGCUCUGAGAUCUGCCAGCACCUUUGCGUUUUUGAUUUCUCUGCAGGUUAACUUUUUCACUCCGCAGCAGGCCUGUUUCUGUUUAACAUACAACACUAGCUGUUCACGAUGCUCAAUCGCUUUACUGUACUCUCCAGUGACAGAACCUACAACGGCAGUCGUCUUCAUCGUUGCAAAUAUGAUUUUGUUGCAUUGAAUCUCUCCAUACGAGUGUGGUGUACAACUGCUUCGACUGUACUGCAGUAAUAAUUUCAUAAAGAUUGUUUGUUUUGUUUUGUUUUCUAUCAAUGAAUGUAAAAUCUGUGCAGCCAAGGUAAAUCUGUAAACUGUAACUCACCCAGGACGGUUUGUCGCCACUUUCUUUCUUUGGCCAUGGGUGACAGGGCAGUGCAGUGGUUAAUGCAGACGGCAGAGGAACUGCGGGAUGAUGGGUUCAGACCAUUAAAGAGCCAGUUGUCACUUUGAAGUUUUUUUUUUUCUUCCUUUCUUUAGAAAGACACUGAGCUUGUAAAGAAGAUGUGAGCUCUGCAUGCCCAGUCAGCCCACUGUGAUCUUCUUCUGCUUGAUGGUUCAAACGACACGGAUCCUGUGUCGGAUGCUGAUCUCUUUGAGAUAAUGUUGAAUGUUUGUGUUUUUGUUUUUAACCUCUGUGCUAUGAUUGGCUUAAAAACUCAAAAGAGACUAAAGUUUUUUGACAUGUAUGAAACCUGUUUAUCUGUAAACAAGUUUGUUGUCAGCAGCCUCACACCAGACUCCUACACAAGUCCCAAGCAUUCAAAGCGAUUAGGUAAAUUUAGAAGUAAUAUUGCAGUUUCAACAUUUAUCCAGGGCAGUUCAUCCCUGGUCCACCCACACGGCUGUUUUCAUUAAUUUUUAUUUUGCCGAUCAGGCAUCUUCUCAGGACUGUGUUGGCGUGUACAGACUCCGAGUUGUGCGUUUGCCCCUGUUAGGAAACGACGGACAUACAGCUUAAUGGUAGGGCUGGACAGUAUGACCUGAUAUCUAAAGCAUGUCAUUACUUUUAUCACUUUAAUAAUAAAUGUAACGACAUGUUUCAUGUAUCAUUAGAGCACGAUGCCUCAUUCUUGGUCUUGGCUAACUGCAGUUUGCCGGGUUCAUAAUUCUGGGCUUGUGGCCCAGACUGUAUGCUGUAAUUGGAUAAAUUUGGCCUGUGCGCGCAUUCAAAGCAUAUUUAGCUCUACAAAACUUGAAGAGAAGUCCAUUCAGCCAACUAAUGCUUUAAAAGCCCUACUUAGUGUGCUUCAGCCAUGCCGAGCAGCAAACGCAUUUGCGCUCAGCAGAGUGAAGCUACGCCCAGCUGCAGCUACUGUUGUCCAGUUAGGCCGCCCCAUGAUAACCUCAUCUCCCCCCAAUGAUGACUGAUGGACAAAAAGGUCUUGCUGUUUUCAUCUCAGCUACAUUGUAUCUUAUAAAUGACAACUAUUAACUAUUUUUUGAGAUUAGCCACUUUCUGUGGUCUUCUGUCUGCAUUUAGCUGCCUUUCGUUAGUGUUAAAAGCACUACCUUGGAUGUUUAGUCAGUAUCUUGCAAACAUACUGAAGCAUUUUACUUUUUCUUUUGCAAACCAAAAUUUUAAAGGUGCAAUAUGUAGAACACCUUACUUUAGGGUAGCAGUGGGAAGGUUUUGCAUUAGCAUUAGCAGCUAAUCUAGAUCCUAAGCGGCCUUGUUUUUGUUUCUUAGCCGGUCUUUCUUUAAAACUCACAAUGGGGCACAAACGAUGCUCAUGUCUGCCGUCUGCUGCUAAAAGUUCCCGGUCCUCAGUGUCUGUAUAAAAGAAAAGUGUUUUUGUUUUUUCUCUGAUACUGUGCCGAGUGCAGACUGGAUGCUUUAGUGCAAAGUGCAAUUGUGUAAGAGUACGGGUCAGUGUUGGCAGGUUAGCAUGCCAAAUUCGGUAGAUAUGUGUGCUGUAUAGACGUCUUUGGAAAAGUUAAAUCUAUACAUAUUGCACCUUUAAAUGUCUUAACCUGCACAGCAUGUUUUUGCUUUGAUGCAUUGCUGCUUUUUUUGUUUUCCUUUGUUUUUCCCCAGUGGAUUAGCAUCAAAUCACUGGGACAGAUGUGUUUGUGUACAGUUAAAAAAAAAAAAUAAUGCUGAUGCGUAGGGUACCUUUAAACACGGCUCCUGAUGGAAAUCGAUUGCCUCCUGCAGUCGAUGCUUUACAGAAAGGUUUCCACCUGCAGACCAGUGGGGGUGGAGCUACUUUGUUGUCUGUGCAAUCAGGAUAAGCUAGCAGUCAUUUCAGCGCAAAACUGGAAACUGUACUCAAAAAAUGUUAUAUAUCUGUAGCGGGAAAAUUUCAAGUGUAAAUACAAAACGUAAUCGUUCAAAUUUCUGCUAAAAUAAUUUUUGCCAGCAACACGAAAAACAUCCCAGAUUAAAACCAGUCAAACAUAACCGUUCUUUCAAAUUACUAAGAAACAUACCUGCACAUUCAUUUUCUUCCCCUCUUAUUUACUUUUGAAGUCACAUUUUAAUCAAAACCUUUACUUGGAAUAUAAUAAUUUGAAUCUAUCUGUAAGGCAUUUAUUGUAAAGCAGCUAUGGGGGAAAAAGGGCAUGCAUUUGCUAAUUUAGUCUUGCCAUCCUUAAAUAGUAAAUGAUUAUACCUCUACGGAGCUGGAAGAUGGCCUCAGUGUGCCCUAUUUUGUUUGGUGGAUUAGUGUUAAAUAUUGCUUGGAGGAGGGUUGUAAAGCUGCAGGAAAGCUGCUUUUUGUUUUCAUCGGUCAAACAUGGAAUCACUGGCUUUUUUUCCUCGCUAUGAUGUGUUGAGGAAUCUUUGCCAGCAUUGCAGGAACGGUGGUGGAUGCAUGAGAAUAUAUAUGAAAUGCCUUCUUUCUCUUUUUUAAAAUCAGAAAUCUAGCUCCAGUAUGGGUCCCGUGUUUUUUGUAAGACCAAAUUGAUGCGACAAAUCAAAACCUAAGAGCACAAUACACUCCGUUUUAACGUCGACGUGGGCAGGCCGAAGCUAAAUCUGUUGACUUUCUCCCCUUGGUCUAAACGCAUUAAAGCCCAGCCCUGUUGGUAAACAUGAACUUUAGCGUGUGCACUCUGCUGAUGUCGCAUUACGAGAUUCCUGGGUCCUAAAGUUCAGAUUCUCCAGCCGAUUACCUCCCGCUACCUUUCGGUGUUACCAGGGUGUGAAGUGCUCCUGAGCAGCUCAAAAUAUCUUAGAGGGAGUGUGGAAGUUUGCAAAGGGAAACAUUUAAAGUGUGUACACUGUCACUGCCCUGUUUACCUGUCCAUUUAUUUUUGUUUUUGGUUCGAAGAGAUGGGCAGCUUCCUCUAUUUUGCUCCACUUUCCAGGCCUCAAACUUUACUAGGGUAACACUGAAACUUUACAGUGGCCUUAUUUCACUUUAUUAAUCUCUGUAUUCGCUGGUAGAAAUGUACAGCAGAUACAUGUUCAUAAAGUGUGUUUAGUAACUGGAAACGUUCCUAAUAUUCACAAGUAGACACUAGCAGCAUUAACCUGUACUUAAAAUGCUGUAACACCUAGGUUUAAGCAUCCGAAUAAGGUCAUUGUAAAUUCAGUCAUUACCCCCUCUAUCGUUUUUCCUCCUCCUUCCUUUUUGUAUAGAGGCAUUAUAUAUCUUGAGGAAGUAGGUUGUUAAUAUGUAUAAUUUAGCAGUUGCUGUUCUUUUGUAAAUAAUGAGAAAGUAUUGUGAAUGAUAUUUGUUGAAUGGUUUAAAAAAAUCAUUUAUGGCGAACCUCUCUCGGCUUUUAAAAAUGUGACUACAGUGCAUAUUUUGUAUGUAAGACAGCAGAGUAGGAUGAACAAGCAUUACUAGAAGCUGAUGACAACUACAUGUAAAACUUGAGGAUAAUAGCUUACUGACCUUGUAAUUAUUGAUGUACAUAAAAGAAUGACAAUUUUUUUUGUCUAUUAUUAAAUGUGGAAAUCCA